AUGCAAAAUCUUUAAUCUGCAACAGAAUACCUGGAUGAAAUUGGAAAUUAACUAAACUUUAUUGAUUAACAUUAUUUCUAACAGGCAGAUUAAGCAGAUGCUUAAGUUACAUUGAAAUUUAAAAAGGUCUAUAAAUAUAUUGAUGAAGCAUACAAAGUAUAAUUACUUAUUAAAAAAACAGUCUAAAUUUUUAAAUGAUGAAAGUUUAUUUUCAGUUUAUGGAUUCUUCUUAUAAACAAUCAAGAAAUUUAAAAGAAAAUUAGAAAACAAAAUUUAUUUUGAUAAAACUGAUUAUGCAGCAACUCUAGAAAAAUUUGAAAGAAAUUAAACAAAACUUGUUCCUGUUUAUAAAGAUCUAAUUUUAGAUGUUUAAAAAUUAGAAAGAAUAGAUUUAGAAACAUUAUUAGAUUCUAAUAUGGUUCAUCAUAUAUAUACUAAAAAAGAGUUAGGGCAGUUUGCACUUUAAAUAUUUGAAUUUUUAAAUUUAGAUUAGAUAAAAGUACCAAAAGAAAUUUUAGGAGAUUUGAUAAAUGAAAUAAUCAUGAAUUAUAAUGUUGUACCUUAUCAUAAUUUUACUCAUGCAUUCCAAUUAUCAUAAUUACUUUUUUCAUGUUAUAUGAAAUCUGACCUAAAGCAGUUUUGUAAUUAACUUGAAAUAUUUUCUGCUAUUCUUGCUGGCUUAGGACAUGAUUUAAAUCAUAGUAAAAAAAUUAAAUUAUAUAUAUUUUAGAGGGAGUUAACAAUAUGUAUAAAAUAAAAAAAUCAAAGAAAUUUAAUAUUUUAACAUCAGAAAUUGCUGUUUUAGAAAAUAUGCAUUGUGCAACUUUUUUUAAUAUUAUACAACUCAACAGAAAACAUGAUUUCUUUCAAUACAUGUCAAAUGAUGAGGAAAAAACAUUAGCAAAGAGAUUAAUUAUCACAUCAAUUUUAGCAACUGAUAUGGUAUUUAUUAUUUUAAUAUCUAAAUUAAGAGUAAACAUGCUAAACUUUUAGCUAAAUUUUAAAAAAGAGUAGAAUGCACCAAAUCAUUUAAUUAAGGUGAAAAAAAUGAUUUAAUUGAUAUGCAACGAUUCUCAAAUGAAAGACUUGAAGAUAGAAUUUUCAUUCUUAAUAUUAUGGUUCAUGCUUGUGAUAUUUCUAAUCCAACAAUGAAAUUUAAUAAUUAUAUGAAUUGGUCUUAUUUACUAACUUAAGAAUUUAAUGAUUAAGUAUUAUUUCUUUUUAAAUCUUUAGACUAUUAAAGAAGCUAAAAUAGGAGUAGAUGUUACUGGAUUUUUGAUCUAUAAAGAUAAACCUUCAUAUUAUGGUGGAUAAAUAUUUUUUUCAAGUAUUUUACUUAUUAAAUAAUAUAGAAUCUUUGGUUCUUCCUUUAUGGAGUUAAAUUGGAGAAUUAUAUCCAGAACUCAAAUAUUUGUCUGAAGAAAUCAACAAGAAUUUAGAGAUAUUACAAUAAAAGUUAAAAUAAUGA